UCUGUUCGUUUUCGCUGCGCCCGGCCGCCCUUUCCCCUCUUUCCCCACGAAGACCCACCGAAUACACUCACUAUGCGUAUCCCCGUCGCCACCCUCGUCGUCGCGCUCGCCGCCGCGCAGACGCUCGCCGCCCCGAUCGAGUUCCGCCGGGACGAUGGAUCUGACCUCGCGGUGCGCGCCGCGAAGAAGGCCGCCGUGAAGAAGCCCGCGCCGAAGCCGCUCGCCGCGAAGCCCAAGGCCGCGGCCAAGAAGCCCGCCGCGAAGCCCGCCGCGCCCAAACCGGCGGCACCGAAACCCGCCGCGCCGAAGCCUGCUGCGCCAGCCCCGCCGAAGGCCGACGACAAAGCUGCUGCUGACAAGAAGGCCGCCGACGACAAGAAGAAGGCGGACGACAAGAAAGCGGCUGAUGAUAAGGCGGCCGCGGACAAGAAGGCCGCGGACGAGAAGGCCGCCGCUGAGAAGAAGCCCGACGACAAGGCCGCGGCGGACAAGAAAGCUGCUGACGACAAGGCUGCGGCGGAUAAGAAGGCGGCGGACGAGAAGAAGGCGGCGGACGACAAGAAGGCUGCUGACGACAAGGCGGCGGCGGACAAGAAGGCCGCUGACGACAAGAAGGCGGCGGACGACAAGGCUGCUGCUGACAAAAAGGCCGCUGACGAGAAGAAGGCCGCAGACGACAAGGCCGCCGCCGACAAGAAGGCCGCCGACGAGGCCAAAGCCAAGGACGCCGCUGCGCCCCCACCCCCGCCCAGCACCGGGACCGGCAUCGGCGCGGGCAUCGGGCAGGGCAUCGCGAACGGCGUCGCGGCGGGCGUCGGCGCGGGCAUCGCGAACGGCAUCGCCGGCAUCGGCGCCGGUACUGGCGCGGGCGUCGUGGACCCCACUGCCGCGGGCCCGGGCGUCAUCGACCCCGUCACGGGCGCCGUCGUGGACCCUGUGACCGGCGCCCCGAUCGACCCUGUUACGGGCGCGCCGCUCGACCCCGCUGCGGACCCCGCCGCAGAUCCCGCCGCGGACCCGGCGGCGGUCGAGGGUGAUGUCGCUGCGGGUGAUGCCGCAGCCGCUGGUGACGCCGCCGCUGCAGAGGGCGAUGCUGCCGCCGCCGAAGGUGACGCCGCUCUCGAGGGCGACGUUGCCGAGGGCAACGCCACGGCGCCCGAGUCGAUCGACGACCCCAACGCGAUCAACAACGCCGCCGCGGGCGCCGCCGCCACCGAGGGCGACGCCGCUGCUGCUGAGGGCGACGCCGCCGCUGAGGGCGAGGGCGAGGUCGUCGACGAGACCGGCGAGGGCGCGGCUGUCGAUGAGACCGGCGAGGCUGUCAAGGGCGAGGGCGAAGGCGAGGUCGUUGACGAGACCGGCGACGCCGCCGCUGCCGACCCCGCUGCCGACCCUGCUAACGCUGCCGCUGCACCCCCGCCACCGCCACCUGCGUCGUCGAGCGCCGCACCCGCCGCCGCCAGCGCCGCCCCGCCACCACCGCCCCCACCCGCUGCUGAGCCGCCGAAGGCUGCUGAGCCGCCGAAGGCUGCCGAGCCGCCGAAGGCCGAGCCCCCGAAGGAGGAGCCGAAGAAGGAGGAGGGCAUCCUCGACAAGAUCAAGAACACGGUCAAGGGCCUCCUCGGGCUGUCGUAG